AUGGACUACGUAAAUAUUUUGGACGAGCGAAUCGAUCCUAUUGAUAUUCAUGUGAGUUUUUUUAUAGCUUCAACGAAAUACAGUGAGAAAUUUGAAAACCACCGAUUUUCCAGAAAAAUUGAUUUUAUGAUUUUUUUUUCCAUUAUGCUUUAUUUUGCAUGGUAGUUGAAGAAUGAAAAAAAUGCUAUUUCGAAACAAAAAAAAAAUUAAUUUCAGAACGCUCGUGAAGCCUACGCAAAACAAGCUGCCCGUGGAGAGCCCAGCAUCGCCGCCAAGUUUUCUUUCGCCCACGCACUCAUCGGAUCCAAGAUCAAGCGUGAGGUCCACGACGGAAUCCAGAUGCUCGAAUGUAAAUUUUUCAUACACCAUUAUAUUCUCCACAAUAAGAAAAGAACAUUUUUUUCAAAUCUCAUUUUGCAGGCUUGCUCAAAGAAGAUUCGAAUGACGGCAGCAACCGCGACUACGUGUAUUACCUGGCUGUGGCCAACGCCCGUCUCAAGGUUUUUUCCGAGGUAAAGUUAGAAAAAAUAUCAGUUUUUACAGAAUUUUGACCGAGCUCUGAGCUACAUCGAGGUACUUGUCAACGCUGAGUCUCACAACCGACAGGCCAUGAGUUUGAAGAAGGCGAUUGAAACAAAGAUGCGUAAUGGUUAGUUUUCAUUUUUUCUUUUUUUCGAUUGCAGUAUUUCAAAUUUAAUUGUUCGCAUAGUAACAGUAUUAUUUCCGUACUUUCUGAACGGAAUUUUCGGGUUUAUAUUUUUUUCAUGAAAAACAGUUAUAUUUUUUUGGAAUGAAAGCGUUUCCAUAAAUCUACUGCUUGAGGUGUCCCAGCCUAUCAACCUUCUGCUGAGUUCAAAAAAAUACGUUUACCGUUUUUUUGGUAGAGUACAAAUACCUGGCAUCUAACAUGAAAAAAAUUAACAAAAAAACCUAAAAAAACUAUAAAGUUCUGCAUUAAAAACCUAACGAAAAGAUCUUCUCACUUCUCGGUUGGAAAUUUUCUGAUAAUCGGCAGGAAAAACUCCUUUGAUAAGAAUCUUGAAAGUCCCCAAUCUGUUCAAUUUGCUAUUUUUUUGAGGUAAGAGUUCUAAAAAAAUUAAUGAGAUAUAGAAAAAAAGCUAGGAAAUUAGGAUAUUAAAAAAACUAGAACAACUUUCAGGAUCUUUACCUAGUACAUCAUAAAAAUAUUCUGGCCGAUUUCUUGAUUUUUCCAGAACUCAAAUAAGAGUGACCCUCCCUUUUAAGCAAUAUCUGAUAAAGGGUUUUUUUCUUUCUCCAGUUCAAGAAUAUUUUUUUCAAGUACAUAAUAUAAUUUUGAGUUAUUUUUUUUUUAGAUGGUCUUCUUGGUGCUGCAAUCAUCGGCGGUGGCGCAGUGAUCGUCGGCGGAAUUGUUGCUGCUCUCCUUGCCGGUCGCAAAUAG